AUGAGUUUCCGCGGCUUCCAGAAGAGCGUGGUCCGAGCACCACAACAAUUCAAGGCCAAGUUCAACAUUGGCGAGCACACCAAGGACUCGAUCUACCUGGACGCAGAACGGCGCUUUGACGAGGUCGAGAAGGAGACCAAGAAGCUGCACGACGAGAGCAAGCACUAUGCCGACGCCAUCAACGGCAUGCUCUCGCACCAGAUCGAGUUCUCCCGCGCCAUGACGGAGGUCUAUAAACCCAUCAGCGGCAGCGUCUCCGAUCCGGAGUCGUACAUCUCCGAGUCCAAUGAGGCCGGCAUCCGGGCCUGUGAGGAGUACGAGGCCGUGGUCAAGGACCUGCAGGAGACGCUCGCGCCCGAGCUAGAAAUGAUCGAGACCAGGGUGAUCCGGCCGGCCAACGAGCUGCUCGACGUCAUCCGUGUCAUCCGAAAGACUGCCGUCAAGCGCGAGCACAAAAAACUCGACUAUGACCGCCACCGCCUCGCCCUCAAGAAGCUGCAGGACAAGAAGGAGAAGUCGCUCAAGGACGAGAAGGCCUUGUACAAGGCCGAGAGCGACCUGGAACAGUCCGCCCAAGACUUCAACUACUUCAACGACCUGCUCAAGGAUGAGCUGCCUAAACUCUUUCAUCUCGAGCGCCAAUUCAUCCAGCCGCUCUUCCAGUCUUUUUACUACAUGCAGCUCAACGUCUUCUACACCCUGCACGAGAAGAUGCAGCAGUGCGACAUUGGCUACUUUGACCUGACCCGCGACAUCGAGGAGGCCUUUGAGAGCAAGCGCGGCGCCAUUCAGGACGAGGCCGAGAAGCUGACCAUUGUGCACUUCCGCAAGACCGGCGGCAAGCGCCCGCUCAACCAGUCCAAGUACGGCACGCGACCUGCCCUCGAGGCUGGCCCGCGUCCGCUCGCCAUCACCGCCGGCCCGUCCAGCUCUUCCACCUACGACUACGACGCCGAUAAGAACAGCAGCAACGGCAGCAAAGACGGCGCUGACGACCGCUCGCAGUACCACGGCUAUGCCUCGGCCUCGUCCGCACGUCGGUCCGAGGACGUCGACCGUCCGCCUCCGCCCUACUCGGCCAUCGGUAGCGGCGGCCUGCACAGCCCGUCCAAAUUUGGCGGUUUCGGCAACGCCACCAGCAGCAGCGGUAGCACUAACGCGCUGGCCGCAGCCGUGGCCGCCAAGUCCAAGCCGCCACCACCGCCCAAGCCUAAGCCGACCCGGCUGAGCGCUGUGCCGGCUCCUGAGACCGUCACGGCCCUGUACGACUAUGCGGCUGCCCAGGAGGGUGACCUCGGCUUCCGGGCUGGCGACGUCAUCGAGAUUGUCACCCGCACGGGCAACGCAAACGAGUGGUGGGAGGGCAAGCUGAACGGUCGGCAAGGACAGUUCCCAGGAAACUAUGUUCAACUGAACAGUUAG